GUAGAUUAUGUCAUCGCAAGUGACUUGUGCUUUAAACAUCUUCAAUUGUACGAACUAAAAAAACUGUAUUGUAAAUGGACCAAUAUAUCCAUUAUGCAUUUAACUUUUUUAAAUUAAUAUUUCAAUUUCUAGAGAUUUUUUAAAUAAACACUGCAAUGAAAUUAAUUCGACGUUUUUAGUCCAAAAUAUGGACAUUUUGGAUCUUUUUUUAAAAUAUUUAUUUGUAUAAUAACGAUUACUAAUUAGUAUUUUGUACGGCUUUUUCAGACUUAUUAAUCGUAAGAAAUUUUUAUACAGGUUUAUAAAGGUUCAUUUACUUUAAAAUUAUUCGUUACUCGAGACUAUUAAAAACUAAAUCAGUAUCAUUAAACUGUUUUAACUUUAUCUUUUAUCUUGCUUUAGAUAAAACCAAUUUUCUCAUUAAUAAAAGGUGUGUCUUCAUACCUUAUUUAUUCAUAAAUUUUAUAUUACCGUAUCUAGUACUCAUCUGUCUCUCGUCUUCACAGCGUUAACCCAAUUUGACAGAAAGUGACGAAAAAUUCCUUAAAAAAGCCCAAUUCGACUGAUUUAGUUUUUAUGAUUAGUUGAAAUAUAUCAAGAAUUCCUUUUUAUUUGCCUAAUAAUUACGAAGAACAUUUUCCUGUUUAAGCGUUUUAAUAUGGAAACAUCACUUAAGCGUAAUUAAUGCUUGAAUUAUUAUAUGAAGUAUAAAUUACUUGAUAUAUUAAGACUUUAUAAAUAUAUGGUUCUUUUACUUAAAUGUACAUAUAUUUACAGAAACAUUUACACUAAUAUUUAUAGGUGUUAGACGUAAGUGAACAUUCCUAAUUAUACUCAAACAUGUGUAAUCUAUGAGCAAAAAAUAGCCGGCUUAAGUUUUAUUUAAAAAUUAUGUUUUAUUACUUAAAUUAUCUGGGAAGUUCCUAUUUAGUUUUAUUUAUGUCAAGAAAAUAAAUUUCAUUCCAUUUAAACAUAAUAAAUUCGCACCAAAAUAUAAUUGAUUGCUAAAUCGCUGGUUAUUUCUGUCAUAUUGUGAAAAAAUAUAAUACAGUGUUACCAGAUUCAUUGUUGUUAUAUUUUGUUUACUCAAUAAUUUGUACCUAAUUUAAUUUAUAUUUAAUUUAAGACAUUCCCUAUAUGCGGGUUUAUAUACGCAAUUUUAUUGUCAAACAUUUUAAGAUUGGUACUCAUAAAUGGACUAUACUGUAUACAUAUUUAGAAAAUGCUUACUAGCUAUUUAUAUGCCAUGCUACGCAAUGUAACAGCUAAUAAAUAUAAAAACAAAAUAUUACGAAAUCAUGUAUGGAAAUAUAAAUUAUUCAGAACAAGAGUUUGUAGUUUUAUUGAGUCACAAAAUCUAAACAUCGUAAUGUCAUAAGAAAUAUUUAAUUGAUUUUGUUUAUUUCACAAAUAUAGAAUUAAUAAUAUUAAAUCUAUUGUUUUUAAAUAAUAUUUCGAUUAACGUAUCGACGUUAUUUAUAUCGAUAAAUGGCCACAAGUCUGCCACAGAGUAUUAAAGGUUCAAUGCUUUUAUCGUGUGAAUAAUUAAAAAAGUUACCACGUUUAUAAAAAAGUUUUGAUUAUCUGAUAUAUAUGACUCCGUCAUUAUUAUGUCAUAUCAAGCUAGGCUAUGUGAUUUUUAUUCACAAAACCUGAUUUGUUACGAAGGAUGUCUAGUGGCAUUAACAUGUGUACAAUCCUUAAGCAUAUACAAUUUUUUAAAAUCAGUUCUUUAUCAUCAGGAUUUACGCGACACUUUCGAACAGGCCAUCGAUUAAGUGGCCAUCGUUGGUCACCAGAUCCGCUUUUUAUGAAACAAUUUGAAGGUGUUGCCAUUUACCCAACUCCAGAAAUGGAGAAAUACGCUAAAGUAAUUUAUGACGGUAGAGUAAAACCACUUGAAAGAAAGCUAAAAAAUAUGUGGCUCAAUUUUGGACCACAACACCCAGCUGCCCAUGGUGUAUUAAGACUUAUUCUUGAACUGGACGGCGAGUACGUCCUGAGGGCAGAUCCACAUGUCGGGUUUUUACAUCGAGCUACAGAAAAACUAAUGGAGGCUAAGCAUUACAACCAAAGCCUGCCAUUCAUGGACCGUCUGGAUUAUGUCUCUACAAUGGCCAACGAAGUAGGAUUUGCACUUGCUGUUGAAAAGCUUCUCAAUAUAGAGGUCCCGCCUAGAGCUCAGGCUAUUCGAGUCCUUAUGACUGAACUGUCCAGAAUAGCUAACCAUUUAUUAAAUAUAUCUGGUACCGUACUAGACGCCGGUGGUAUCAGCCCAUUUUUUUGGAUGUGUGAAGAGCGUGAAAAAAUAUAUGAGUUAUUUGAAAGGGUUUGUGGUGCGCGAGUACAUAACGCAUAUAUGAGGGUUGGAGGAGUCAGCCAGGAUCUUCCUAUUGGAUUCUUAGAUGAUGUUCACGAACUCUGCAUGAAAAUGGGUGAGCGCUGCGAUGAAACUGAAGAUGUUGUGACUGGGAAUAGGUUAUACUAUGAAAGAACGGCAGGCAUUGGAGUUGUAUCGGCUCAUGAAGCUAUUAAUUUGGGAUUUACUGGACCGAUGCUGCGUUGUACCGGCGUCAAGUGGGAUUUGAGAAUUACUCACCCUUACAGUGGUUACGAGAUGUAUGAUUUUGAUGUACCUGUUGGUACGUUUGGAGACAGUUAUGAUCGUCACCUUUUACGUUUGAUGGAGCUACGCCAGUCUUUAAGGAUUAUAAAUCAAGUGUUAGACACUAUUCCAGAAGGAGAAGUUCGAACAGACGAUUCUAAAGUUACAAUGCCUUCAAGACAGGAAAUGAAAACGUCUAUGGAGGCCCUUAUACAUCAUUUCAAAUUGUGCACAGAGGGGUACAACGUACCUCCUGGUGCAACUUACAGUGCAACCGAGUGUCCUAAGGGUGAAUUGGGAAUCUAUAUGGUAGCCGAUGGCACUUCAAAACCCUAUCGUGUUUUUAUUAGACCAUGUUCAUAUCUUCAUCUAGCAGGCCUGGCUGUUAUGGGUCCAAGAAUGUUGCUAGCUGAUAUAUCUAUUCUAAUAGCAACAAUCGAUGUAGUAUUCGGUGAUGUCGAUCGUUAAUAAUUUUUAAUAUAUCUAUUAUGAGAUA